UAGGAUCAUACAGUACAGAGACUGUGUUCUGGUGCUCUGAUCUGAGAAGACUCCUGGCACUUCUUUGCAAAAAAGAUGAGAACGAAGAGGAUGAAGUUGGCUCUCAUUAUGCUGUGCAUGAUGUCAGCGUGUGGAGCUCAGAAAUCGAAACAGGAGACAUCACGCUGGGAACCUAAAGCAGUACAGACUAGUGCCAAGACUUGCUCAAACCUGACUCAGGUGCUGGACAACUGGAAAUUUGCUAUUCUGACCCAAGUGAAAGACUUGCUGAUCAAUGACCACGCUUCAGUCCUUCCUGAAUAUAACAGGAUCCAACCUCUUUCAGAUGCUCUGGGAGACCUCUACCGGCAGUUUAACACUUUAAAGGAUGAGCUGGGAAAGUUUACCACAAAGCUCGACAGAAUGGAGGCUUUCGUGGAUGAGCUCAGGGACGGCAGAUACGCCCUGCCUCAGCGGCCUGUACAUAGGCUCCAACCGAGCUUUGGUCUUAGGUCUCCUCUGCGUGCACAGAUGAGGGGUCCUGAAAGGAGGAUAAUCACUAGCCCAACACUGAGAAGGGCAAGGAGGAGAGGACCACAGCAAUCUUAAACAUGUUGGGUUUUUUGUUUGGUAUAAAUGCAGAUUUGUUGAAAAUAAAUGUAUAU